AUGGCCUCCAACGCUGCGACCGGCUCUGGCCUACCUCCAGACCUAUUCGAUACGACGACCUUGGUAUCUCUAGCCUCAACGGUCCUUAUCCUAGCUGUGGCCUACGGAACGUCUCUGAAGGUCCUAUCUCCAACGACGCCCGGCAGCUACCGGUUCCUGUUCAUCUGGCACCUCUUUGACGCCGGAAUCCACUUCUUCCUGGAGGGGUCCUUCCUGUAUCACUGUUUCUUCAGCUGGAAGUCCCCCGAUCAGAUCAGCGCCCGCGAGGCGUUGUCCGCCUACCCGACACAGCGCGGAUACCUCGGACAUGACGAUCGGAUUUGGGGCGCGCAGGCUGGCGGCGACAAUCCCUUUGCCCAGUUGUGGAUGGUCUAUGCAAAGGCCGAUAAGAGAUGGGCUGGUGCGGAUACUGGUGUGAUCAGCCUGGAACUUCUGACCGUGCUCGUUGUCGGGCCGCUGGCCUGCCUCGUGUGCUACGACAUCGCCAAGAAGAACCCAAGGUCGAACAUCAUCAUGACGAUCAUCGCGACGGCUGAGCUCUACGGAGGUUUCAUGACGUUCUGCCCCGAGUGGCUGACAGGCAACCAGUGGCUGGACGGGAGCAACUUCGUCUACCUGUGGCUCUACCUGGUCUUCUUCAACAUGCUGUGGGUGUUCAUCCCGAUCUACGCCAUCUAUGUCAGCUGGAAUGCCUUCUCGGCAGCUUUCCAGGCGCAAAGUGCCAAGGCUACUGUUAAGAAAUCGAAGUAAAUUGUCUUUUUCUUCUUUCUUUUUUCCUCUCCCAUCGGAUCUGGGGGCAGUGUGAAGCCCCCGCUGCAUGGAGAGAGGAGGGAUGGGUUCAAUUCAUGGUGGAUGACUGAUACUUUUCGGAGUCGGGUUUGAUGCAUGUUAUGAUGGGAUAGGUAUUUGUGAUUCAGCCGCUUUUGACCAGACUUGUACAGCGCGCAUUUGAAUAUGUGAUAUGAAGCAAUAGAUACCAUUCUCGGGGCUUUUUUUGUUCUCUUCAUGGUCGACAAUGUAGAUCGCUUAUACCG